AUGACCGGACAUUGGAGUGUCGCUAAGGCCGACAAUGGCCAGCGACGGGGUCUCCAAGAAAUUAACUCCACUAAUACACAAGUCAACUAUUUUAAUGAUUAUGAUUUUUCUCGGCAUAAUCAAAACGGAAAAGUAUUUUCACUUAAAGAAAAUUGUGUUCUUGAUUCACAAGUGAAUCCACCAGAAUCAAAGUUUAUUGGAAGAGAAUCAGUGAAAGAAACUAAAAAUGAAGAGAUAAAUGAUGCAGAUGUCAGGGAAGAUAUGGAAGUGGCAGAUGAUCCAUCACCACCCAAAAGAAGAUGCAUUAAUUCAAUAGAAAAAGCCCAAAUCCAACUAGUAGAGGAGAGCAUAAAAACAAAGAAACUUAAGAUAGAGGUAUUAAAGUUAAAAAAGUUGAAACUUCUGCAAGAACUAAAAUUAUCAGAAAAUAAAUAA